CAGUCCACAAGAAGACAACACUUCCCAGAACCCUUCACCGCGUGUUGCUUAACGUCCUAGAGUCCAUCUCGGAAGCAGUUGACAGCAGAAGAAAGAGUCGGAGUGGAUAAUCAAAACAAAAACUUCCCCAAACAACAGCGACUACAACGCACCGCCUGGAGCGUUUUCGCCAAAUUUAGAAUGCAUUACGUUGUCCUGAAAAUGUUUCAAACAUUUUAAGACUCAAAUUUUUCUCGAAAUAUACUGCCUGUGGCUGUCCAAUCUAAAUAGGUUAACGUUAGCUGACGUGAGCUAACACAUUAGCUGGCUCGCCAUGUCGUCAUCGUCCUCCUCCAGGCGCCAGUGGUGCUACCUCUGCGACCUGCCCAAGAUGCCCUGGACGGUGGUGUGGGACUUCAGCGAGGUAGUGUGCCGGGGCUGCGUUAACUACGAGGGAGCCAACCAGAUAGAGUUCCUCAUUGCAAGUGCCCGGCAGCUGAAAAGGACUCACGGGAUGCAAGACGGUGCCGUCCGGUCCCCCGGUCCAUCCAAUAAACACAGCACGGUGGGCAGGGGGGAUGGGGAUGGUAGCAGGUCGCAUCCUGAACGCUUUGAGCGACCCACAAGAGGAGAGAUUGCCGCGUCUAGUGCCCGAGUGCCCCCCAACGGGAUGCAUCGCGACGGUCAGCAACAGCCACAAGAGGUCCACCGCCAAAGCCCCAGCGCCAACCGGAGACCGAUGCUCGCGGCCGCAAUCCCGCCAAGUCUCGUCAGUCAGGGCAUAGCCGGGAUCCCCCACGGGUUGCUAGCUGGCAUGCCAGCUGGCCUUACGGCCAGAACAGCCCCAAUGAGCAGCCCCCUGAUCUUCCCCGCACCUGUGCUCGCUGAGAUGAGCCGGAGGCAGCUGGGCAUCGGGAUGGGGAUAGCCCCCUUCAUCACACCAGAGCUGGAGCGCGAGCUCAGCUCGUCCAAGCAACAGAACCAGAUGCACUCUGCCGUAGCCGGCAGCAGUGGAGGCAAGAGCGCGGGUCUGCCGUCCUCUUCCAUGGCGGGAGGCGUGAGCCAGACUAGCCCCAAACCCGCAUCCUCCCCGGCCAGGCAGCCCCGCCCCCUGGCAGCCCGGUCCGGAGGAGAGGCCCUGGGGUCCAGCACAAGCUCCGAAGCGGCCACUACCGCAGCGGCGCUGCCCCAUGCCGGGGCGUCAGAGCUGGGGUCCGCAUCGGCCGGGAACACACUCUCUACCGGAGCCACGCUGUCCUGCACCCUCUGUCACGAACGCCUGGAGGACACACACUUUGUCCAGUGUCCGUCGGUGCCAGGCCAUCGGUUCUGCUUCCCGUGCACCAGGGGUUACAUCCAAAACCGGAGGGGCGACGGGGAAGUGUACUGCCCCAGUGGAGAGCGUUGUCCCCUGGACAGCUCUCCCAACAGCCCCCCCUGGGCCUUCAUGCAGGGAGAGGUGUCUACCAUCCUUGGCACGGGAGGGCCGGCCGCGGUGGCUGCGUCCGGAGCUGGAGCUGGUUCUGGUGGUGGCGACAUCACGGUGAAGAAGGAGAGGGAGACAUGAUGGCGUGUGUAGUAGAGCAAACUUCACCUUGACGACAACAGAGUUCAUUCUGACACCUGAUCAGUGACUUUGUACAGAACCCAGAUGGGAGGAAUCUCAGACCCAGCUCAGCUGUGUUCCACAGAACACGGUACCAGACACAGGUUGGCCUCUGUUGAACCCACAGAUCGGAGUCCCCCGACGCAAGACACACUGGCUGUCCGCGUCUACAUUUCAACGGUCUUCAUCUCGCUGUAUUUACAUUUUGGAAUACAUAUUUUACUUAUUUUUUCUAAACUGUAAACUCCACAGCCGUAGCUUGUAGUAGAUAAACGACUCUGUGUGCUAUCGCCCCAGUUAUAAAAAUAUACAAAAUAUAAAAAAAUCUGCCAAAGAAAAAAUAAAAUCAAUCAAGAAGCAGACCCCGCCCCCUUGGCUCUGAAUGACAUAUCAACGGUUGAGGACAUUUCCCGGCAUUGUUAAUUUUUUGUUGUGUUUCAUAGAUUUCGGCUCUUUUACGCAACGCAGACUCUGACCUGCAUGCAGAGAGGAUAAGGUUAGCCCGUGUUGCAACAACCAGUUAAUGUAUGAUGUCGCCGCAUCGACCUGCUGCCUGGCCCCCCUCCCCCCCGCUGCGUCGCUCAG